CUUUUAGUACUAUUAAAAGCUGGAUUCAGAAGAAUAGGGAUUUUAUGAAUACUGCCACAGACCCAUUUCAUGCACUCAUGAUAGCAUGCGCGCAAAUUACACCCGAUAUGGCAACAAACUUUUUUCAUAGAUCAG